AUGGAUAGGGAACCUCUCUCUCGCGCGUUGGCCGAAGAGGUGCCACUUUCAAUCUCACUACUCUCGGAGCUUGGGAAGGGCUCAUUGAGGAGAGACCUCAUCAACACGGUCGACGGGCAGGGGAUCACUCGACUACUCAGUCUGUGGCCGAAACUCGUCCUCACAGCAAGCAGUCCCCAGGUGAAUGAUAAUCAUAUCACGGUGGCAUCAAAUGCCUUAUGUGUCUAUCUCAAUGGUGGUUCCAUGAGCCCUGCCGCCGAGCUUCGAAAGCAUGUCAUCUCCCAAGACGCGUGGUUCGCAGCCUUUCAAUGUGCUCACAAGGCUUUCAAUGAGGGCAAGGCGAAACCAGCAAACCAGAUUUUGGAAACCCUCUGUGAUCUAUUCUCGAAGCUGGAUGACUCUAUGGCCAGCGUGGUUCUCAAUAGGGCAUCUCUGCCGUUGUUGAAAAUCGUCUUACUAGCUUCGCCCCGAUCUGACAUCAAGAAGGCUUGUCUUAUGUUAGCAUACUUGCACCGAAGAACUCCGUUGCUUCCGCUUCUCGAUGCACUGGUGUUGCAAUGUGUCAACGAGAACGACUAUGCCUGGAGACAGCGCUUGGCGGAACAUCAUAUCAGGAUAUCCGACGUUUCCAAUAUCGGCAAGGGAAGUAUCCCUCAUCUCUUCGUUGCACUGAUCUUUGCAAUGGUAGAUCUUGAUACAAGAAGCGCCGCUUUGAAGCUGUGCACGUUCCUGUGUGAUGACAGUCACCGGAACACCGACGUGUCUAAUACGCGGGCAGUCGUCGAACGGUCCAUAGAGUUGUAUCUGGAGAGAAACCACGCAGCAUUAGGCACAUUCGCGGAGCAUGUGCUGCCCAUGAUCCUAGACAAGAAGGAAAAACUCAUCGCUUUUACGCAGCGAUAUGCUAGUUCUUGCUAUGACAAAGGCGCAAAUAUGGCCAUUUUUAUUGCUGUCCUGAAAGCCGGGCGAGCAAAAGGAAUUUUGUCAGAAGCUGAGAUGGUCGACACCUUCGGCCUAGCUUUCCAGGAUGUAGCCUCGACGCACGUCGGUGAAUCAAACAAGUUGUACUGGUUCAAGCAAAUGUUGAAGACCGCAAAUCCCGAGCUGCGGAUACUCACAUAUGGACUACUAACAAUCUCACCAGCCGGCAACGCUACAGUCAACCCCGGCGUACUCGAGUGCAUUGCCUCCAGCAUGCAAAAUCUCCAUGAUGAUCCGGACGCCCAUGAAAGAGGUGAGACCUUGAGCAUUACAAAGAGACUCUUGAGAAGGCUUCAAAAUAGUGCCACAGCCUUACGGAGGGUGACGCAGCUCGUUGAUGGCGAUGAGGAAGCCAAUAUCGUCCUGGAAUCAUACAGAUCAUUCGUGGGAAGAUUAUACGACUUUCUGAAGACAGAGCUCGGUACAGGGGCGUCAUAUCCGCGUCAUAUUCUCGCUGUACUCUCCUUGCAGUAUCUUUUUGACCUCACGAAGGGUCCUGACUUACUGGUAGGCGACAAAAGCCUUGUUCAGGCUUUGAUCUGCCUUGUCAUCGACCCAUUCGAAGAUGUCCGGAGCAACGCAGCAAUUCUGCUCCGAACGCUAGCCUGCAAGGAUCAAAGCUUGGUUGCGAGUGUUCUCAGUUCUUCUCUCCUCCAGAAGGUCCAGGUCCUUGCCGUCAGAACUGGUAGGGCCGACCAUGCAGAUGCCAUGGGUCGACUUUGCGCUUUGAGAGGUGUCUGCGCCACUCUUUCGAAUGAAAUGCCCGUGGACACUGACAGCACUGAUUUGGUCGAAGAAAUUCGGCGCUUCAAGGACUUGACCUCAAAGCAAGGAGGCAUCGAAUUGAGACCUGGCUGCGCCCUGCCCAUCCAUGGUCUCUUGUUGGGUAUCAGUUACCGAUUACGCUAUCUCCGGCCCCGGGAUGGCCAGGUACGGUUAUUUGAUUUCACGCUCCUGGAGAUGUGUGCAAACGUUUGGGAUCAAGUGAGAGACCAGCUUUGCGUCGACUCUCCAGAAAGAGCCUCGGAGAUAGAGACUGAAGCUGACGAUGAAGGUCCCAAAGACCUUCUAGCCUUUUCGUGGAGAGCGCUCCGUGAUUCCAGCAUCGUCCUUCAAUCACUGGUUGCCAUCGUGGAACCCUCUCGCGACCUCUUCCACGCCAUCGGUAGCCUCUGCUUGGACCAACUGAUUUCGUUGCGCCACCGAGGAGCGUUCUCGACUGUCGCACAAACGUUCAAUCAGUGUUGUGAGAAGAUCAGGUUAGCUGCCGAUGCCUCCGUACAUGGUCUCAUCCAGGAAUGGUACACGGUUGCUCUAGCCCAGAUUGACGAGCAAGCAAAUCGCCUGACGCGGCGAUCGGCCGGGCUCCCAGCAAUGAUAACCGCGCUUCUCAGUCCGGCUGACCGGUACCUAUUCUCGAGAGUCUUCGCCGAUUUGACGGCUAUUGCGGAGAGACCAAUCGACGAUGCUUCUCUUCAAGAGUUCAGAGAAGUGAAGCUGCCCCAAGUUCAUGCACUGAACUGCCUGAAAGAUAUCAUGACGAAUUCGAGAUUUUCAGCUGCAGUUGUGCCAUACCAGGACGCAGUAAUGGAGCUGGCUGCGACCUGCUUAUCGUCAAAGAUCUGGGCAGUUCGUAAUUGUGGGCUCAUGCUUCUGCGCGCCUGCAUCAACCGUCUUGACUCCUCUAGUUCAUUACCACGGCAAGAUGAGAGGGACCAUUCCCUAGACGAUAGAGAAGGCAAGCCGCCAUCGAUGAUUGCGUUCCAUCUACUUGACGAAGUCGGGCCAUUGCCCGGGCACGACAGCCGCGGGACAAGCAAUGCCGUCGAAGACAUUUUCGCUGGCCUGGAUCUACUUGGGCAUGCGAGUUUAGCCGGAUCAAUGGCAGACGUGGCGGAGGAACUCGUCACGCGGCAGCUUGGGAACUCAGCUUGGACUGUCAGAGAACACGCAGCUCUGCUGCUGGCGACUCGCUUCAGGAGAGUAAGUCCCGUUACAGCAAUCAUGGCGCUUCUCGGUAAUGAUCUCGUUGGCCCGGAGAAUCGGGUCCAUGGUGUUUUGCUCUGUUGUCGCUACCAUUUGGAACAGGGCAUGAGCAUCGUCAAUGAGACUGAGCUCGAAUUGGUUGUCGAUACACUCGUUCGAGACAUGAUACUCGCUGAUGGGGAAUUGGCCCGCCACUCCCCGUAUGUCUACGCCGCAUGCAUGGAUGUGCUCAACGACGUCGCUUCAUGUAUUCUGGAGCGUGGCUGGAGUCACCAAAUCCUUCGAACCAAAUCCUUCACCAACAGGAUCAGGAGCCUUGCGGCAACAAAGUCGCAGCAUGGUCCCUACUUGUUGCAAAGGAUACUACUCCACGAGACUUAUCACAUUCUGAUGGUGGACGAGGAUUUGCCCAACGAAAGCAAGGUGACUACAAACGGGAUAUCGCAGCUCAUCGACGAUAAAGAUGCUCUCGGCUCUGCAUUGGAUGUCUUGUGCCAGAGAAACUGCCAUGGAUCUUGUGCCUCUUUACCUAUCUUCCUUGCUGAACUGAUCGAUCAAGCAUAUGAACAGGUGUCUCCACCGCAAUAUGUUCUCGAGCGAGGUUUCACCUGCUUGGCACGGAGUCUUGAUCACGGCAUGGCCAUACCUCUGGCGACGGCGCAAACGGUGUCUCGACGAAUAGAUAUUACUGAAUUGCACAUUCCGCGCGAAUUGAGGAACGCAGCACUGAAAUUACAAGCGUCGCUGUUGGGAGUUAUUGGAACUGCACACCAACCGCUUCCAGAAUAUCGACGACAAGUUGAAGCGUGGCUCCGAGUAGCCGAAGAUAGUGCACGAGAUAACCUAGACUUUCCUUCGAGGCUAAGCGCUGUCGCAGCAGUUUCAACCUACAUCGGCCACAUGGAGGACUCUGUCAUCCUCCAGGAACUCCCUGGUAUACGACUACGGCUUCUCUUACUUCUGUACGACCUACUCAAUGACGAUGAUGAAGACAUCAGGCUUGAGGCAGUCCGUGCUGGCCGGAGAUUCAAACUCCACAAGAUGCCUGCGAUGGAUAACCUGGGAUAUUGUGCUUUUGCGGCAAGAGAGGAAGUCCUGCACGAGUUGAAGCGCCAGGCUAAGGGCUUACCAGAACUCACUGAGGUCGCACUGGUCAAUGUGUUGCGCCUUGGGCACAAGACGAGCAGUAUUUCCGGGCCUACUACACUCCUCGAAACUCCAGUGACCUCCAAGCUGGGCACCAUCGCAAGAAAACUGAAUGAUCUCUUUGCAGAAGAGAGACAGAAUCUCUACAUUGACGACAUCCGCGAGAUCGACACCUGGACCAUGGUACUUGAUGAUGAAGGCAUCGACCAUCUGGCUCCAGACGUGUUUGAGGCGGUUAUGAAAUGGACGGUGGAUGGUUUAGACACGGUCAAUGACACGCUCGAAAAUGAACAGCUCAAAGCUCCAACAAGCCAGCCACCGACCGAGUUCAACAGUCAGGUCGCACCUAGCGGCGCACGUGCCAACCAGGUCCAGCUCCGCGAGUCGCUCCAUGUACAUCCUCUCAGUGUAACGUAUGAUCAUGAAAUACUCGUGGUUCUUCUCCAAGUCGUCAGCCUUGCGGGAGUGCUCUACUGUCAUGACAGGAAGGCAUACAAAGAACAACUGCGAGCGAAGCUGCAAAGAGCGAAGGAAGUUUGCUCAAGCCUUGCAGUGAAUCCGGUAUUUCUGGGUGCGGUCGAACGCGCUCUUAGCAGGCAGUGUAGAUGA